AUGUCUGAUGAAGUGUGUGUAGUUGUUGAUAUGGGUUCGAGGAGUAUUAAAGUGGGGUUUGGGGCCGAGUCAUUUCCUAGAUAUAUAGUACCUUCUGUUGUUGGGAGAUUCCAGCACGAAGUUCUAUUAGAUGGCGUCCCUGAUAUAUACUUUGGUGCCGAAGCUGUUAAAAAAAGAGGACUUUCGAAUUUGACGUGGCCGAUUGAAGGCGGAAUGAUCAAAGACUGGGGGGAAAUGGAAAAACUCUGGCAUCACAUUUUCUACAGGGAAAUGCACGUCGCUCCUGAAAUAUCGCCCACUCUUAUUUCCCUACAUCCACUUACGAAGCUAAAGGAUAAGUGUAUCACCAGCACUUGUGCUGCACGCCCAAGCGGUAGAACUACGGGUGUCGUGUGGGAGAGUGGUUACUCGUGCAAUUAUACUGCCCCGGUGUUUGAGGGGUUUCCUUUGAAACACGCCACCAUAUGUUCGGAGGUGAACGGGAAGAUCCUAACUGAACGACUCCAGAACCUACUUAAGGAAGUUGGAUACAGUUUCACGACGCCACGUGAAAUUGAUUUACUGGACAAACUUAAGGAGCAACUAUGUUACACGGUGAACGAUUACGAAGCAGAGUUAGCCAACAGUCCUGUAAAAGAUAAACUCCGUUAUGAACUUCCUGAUGGUCAACACGUUCUCAUCGGAGACGAAAGAUACCAAUGCCCAGAAAUACUGUUCCAACCGUCGCUGCAUGGACUUAAAUGUUCCAAUGUGGUCGAUAACAUAAGGUCAAGCAUAUCGAAAUCAGAUUUAGAUUAUAAAGGUGAAUUUUACAGUAAUAUUGUCCUUUCUGGUGGAACAACUAUGUUUCCUGGACUACCUGAUAGGCUGUUUAUUGAGUUAAGGAAGAGAGCGACAGAUGAGCAAGAACUCGAUGUGAAGAUUGAAGCGAUGCCAUCGAGACACCUGGCUCCAUGGAUUGGAGGAUCAAUAUUAGCAUCUCUGUCAUCUUAUGAUAAUUUUUGGAUGACGCGACAAGAAUAUGAGGACGAAGGGUCUGAGAGAGUGCACUAUAAGUUUUUCUAA